AUGCUGCGACUUGUACCCGGCGAAAUACAAAUUGAUCGAAUGGAUAUGGUUGAAGACACAAAAGGGAAUAAUGGAGAUCGGGGUGUGAUGCGUGUGACAAACUUGCGCCUAAUCUGGUAUGCUAGCUCAAUGCCGAGGAUAAACCUGUCGAUAGGAUACAGUAACAUCACAGGACUUCAAAGCAGGGAGGUUGUCUCGAAGGUACGUGGAACAGAAGUUGAAGCUCUUUAUGUAAUGGCGCGCGCACCUAGUACAUCUACAAAGUUCGAGUUCAUUUUUACCGCAAUGACGAGUGGGAUGCACUCAAAGUUGUUCAAUACUGUCAACUCUGUUCAUCGCGCUUAUGAGACCACAAAACUAUACAGAGAGCUGAAAAUGCGUGGAGCAAUUUUGGAUGAUAGUCUUAAUCUCAAAUUAUUGCCUUUGGAGCAUCUGGUUGAUAAAGUCGAUGGAGUGUGGAAUCUCAGUACCGAUCAGGGCACGCUGGGCUGCUUCAUUAUCACAAACGUUCGGCUCGUGUGGUUCGCAAGUACGAACUCUCUGUACAACGUUUCGGUACCAUAUCUGCAACUUUUUUCAUGUAGAAUAAGGGAAUCGAAGUUUGGACUUGCCUUGGUUAUCGAAACCACAACUCAGAGCGGAGAGUAUGUCCUUGGCUUCCGCAUUGACCCUGCAGAACGUCUUCAGCAGGUGUGUAAAGCAAUCCAGGCUUUACAUAAGGCUUCAAAUCUACGCCCAAUUUUUGGAGUAACGUUCCAGAAGGAUAAACCUAUUUCUCCGCGGGAGGCUUCAACAGAAGUGGCGAAUGAGCAGGAGGAGGAAGAGGGAGAGGCUGAGCAAAAGCAGUUACGAACUGAUGCGUUUGCUGCUUACUUUUCGGAUGGAGCCACUCACUCUGAGGAGCGACGUCCUCCAGUUUUCAGCGAGGAAUUGGGCCUAGCCGUGGAGCAAUUGAAGCCAGGAUUUACAAUUCCAGAUCUUUGGAACAUUUAUGUUGACUAA